GUCACAUUGCCGACAGUUCACAAAUUUUGUUAGCAACGAUCGGUUGUGUUCGGUUUUGUGCUCGGUUGGUUAUUUUGGUUGUUGAGUUAAAGUCAAAGUUAAAGUCCAAGCGGCCAUUGUUAACCUGUUGCGCGGUUGCACUCGCAGUGGCACUGGCACUGGCACUCGAUGAGCUAAACGGGCUUUGCAUUUGAAUGCCAGAGAGCGCCAGGAGUAGUAAAUGAAGGACGACGAACAUGGUGAUUGUAACACGUGGUGACUACAUCUGGAUAGAGCCCGCGUCGGGACGGGAAUUCGAUGUGGCCAUUGGAGCACGUGUCAUCUCCGCGGAGGGUCGUCGCAUUCAGGUGCGCGACGACGAUGGCGACGAGGUGUGGCUGGCGCCGGAGCGUCGCAUCAAGGCAAUGCAUGCCUCAUCCGUGCAGGGUGUCGAGGAUAUGAUAUCGCUCGGUGAUCUGCACGAGGCGGGCAUAUUGCGUAAUCUGCUCAUACGCUACAAAGAGAAUCUAAUAUAUACAUACACCGGCUCCAUUUUGGUUGCGGUCAAUCCAUAUCAGAUAUUGCCCAUCUAUACGGGCGAUCAGAUCAAGCUUUAUAAGGAGCGCAAAAUCGGCGAAUUGCCGCCGCACAUUUUCGCUAUUGGCGAUAAUGCGUAUGCGCAUAUGAAACGCUAUCGCCAGGAUCAAUGCAUCGUCAUAUCUGGCGAAUCGGGCGCCGGCAAAACGGAGAGCACAAAGCUGAUCUUGCAAUAUCUGGCAGCGAUCAGUGGCAAACACUCGUGGAUCGAGCAGCAAAUACUGGAGGCUAAUCCCAUUUUGGAGGCCUUUGGCAAUGCCAAGACGAUACGCAACGAUAAUUCCUCAAGGUUCGGCAAAUAUAUAGACAUCCAUUUUAGCGCUAAUGGGGUUAUCGAGGGCGCCAAGAUCGAGCAGUAUCUGCUGGAGAAGUCGCGCAUUGUGUCGCAAAAUCACAGUGAACGCAAUUAUCAUGUCUUCUACUGCAUCUUGGCGGGUCUCUCAGCAGAUGAGAAGAGUCGUCUGGAGUUGGGCGCGGCAGCGGAUUACAAAUAUUUGACUGGUGGCAACAGCAUUACGUGUGAGGGUCGCGAUGAUGCAGCCGAAUUCUCGGACAUACGAUCAGCGAUGAAGGUUCUGCUGUUUUCGGAUCAGGAAAUAUGGGAGAUCAUCAAGCUGCUGGCCGCCCUGUUGCACUGUGGCAAUAUUAAGUAUAAGGCAACCGUUGUCGAUAAUCUGGACGCAACGGAAAUACCCGAACAUAUCAAUGUAGAACGAGUUGCCGGCCUGUUGGGGCUGCCCCUACAGCCGCUGAUCGAUGCACUGACGCGUCGCACGUUGUUCGCCCAUGGCGAGACGGUCGUGUCGACGCUGUCGCGGGAGCAGUCGGUGGAUGUGCGCGAUGCGUUCGUCAAGGGCAUCUAUGGUCGUUUGUUUGUGCACAUUGUGCGUAAAAUCAAUUCGGCCAUAUUCAAGCCGAAGGCGACGUCACGCAAUGCCAUCGGCGUUUUGGAUAUAUUUGGCUUCGAGAACUUCGAUCAGAACAGCUUUGAGCAGUUCUGCAUUAACUACGCCAACGAGAAUCUGCAGCAGUUCUUUGUGCAGCACAUUUUCAAAUUGGAGCAGGAGGAGUACAAUCACGAGGCGAUCAAUUGGCAGCACAUCGAAUUUGUGGACAAUCAGGAUGCGCUCGAUCUGAUAGCCAUCAAGCAAUUGAACAUCAUGGCCUUGAUCGACGAGGAGGCGCGCUUUCCCAAGGGCACCGAUCAGACAAUGCUCGCCAAGCUGCAUAAAACGCACGGAGCGCACAAGAACUAUCUGAAACCGAAAUCGGAUAUAAAUACGAGUUUCGGUCUCAAUCAUUUCGCUGGCAUUGUGUUCUACGAUACUCGCGGCUUUCUGGACAAGAAUCGGGACACCUUCAGUCCGGAUCUGUUGCACUUGGUUAGCCAGAGCGCGAAUAAGUUCUUGCGCCAGAUCUUUGCCCAGGACAUCGAGAUGGGCGCCGAGACGCGCAAACGCACACCCACACUGUCCACACAGUUUCGGAAGAGUCUGGAUGCCCUGAUGAAGACGUUGAGCAGCUGCCAGCCGUUCUUUAUACGCUGCAUCAAGCCCAACGAGCUGAAGAAGCCGAUGAUGUUCGAUCGCGGCCUGUGCUGUCGCCAGUUGCGCUAUUCGGGCAUGAUGGAAACGAUAAGAAUACGGCGUGCCGGCUAUCCCAUACGGCAUGGAUUCCGGGAAUUCGUGGAACGCUAUCGUUUUCUGAUAGCCGGCGUACCGCCGGCGCAUCGCACCGACUGCAUGUCGGCGACAUCGAGAAUUUGUGGCAUGGUCCUGGGCAAAUCCGACUACCAAUUGGGGCACACCAAGGUGUUCCUGAAGGACGCUCACGAUCUGUUCUUGGAGCAGGAGCGCGAUCGUGUGCUCACACGCAAAAUACUGAUACUGCAGCGCAGCAUACGCGGCUGGGUCUACCGGCGGCGCUUCCUGCGGCUGCGCGCGGCAGCGAUCAGCGUGCAGCGGGUGUGGAAGGGCUAUGCGCAGCGCAAACGGUAUCGCAGCAUGCGCGUGGGCUAUAUGCGACUGCAGGCGCUGAUCCGUUCGCGUGUCCUCUCGCAUCGCUUCCGACACUUGCGCGGACACAUUGUGGGACUGCAGGCGCAUGCGCGCGGCUAUUUGGUGCGACGCGAGUACGGCAAUAAGAUGUGGGCGGUCAUCAAGAUACAGUCGCAUGUGAGGCGCAUGAUUGCCGUGCGUCGCUAUCGCAAGCUGCAGCUGGAGCAUAAGCAGUUCGCCGAGGUGCUGCAGCUGCGCAAACUGGAGGAGCAGGAGCUGUUGCAUCGGGGCAACAAGAAUGCGCGCGAGAUAGCCGAACAGCAUUAUCGGGAUCGAUUGCACGAGCUGGAGCGGCGCGAGAUGCAGGAGCAGCUGGAGGAUCGUCGGCGGGUCGAGGUCAAAAUGAAUAUCAUCAAUGAUGCGGCCCGCAAGCAGGAGGAGCCCGUCGACGAUGGCAAACUGGUGGAGGCCAUGUUCGAUUUUUUGCCCGAUUCGAGCAGCGAUGCGCCCACACCACAUGGCGGCCGCGAGACGUCCGUGUUCAAUGAUCUGCCGCAUGGGCAGACUAUCAAUCAGGAUGACAUCAUCACACCAAUGCACAUCUCCGAGGACGAGGAGGAUUUGUCCGAAUAUAAGUUUCAGAAAUUUGCGGCCACCUACUUCCAGGGCAAUGUGAACCAUCAGUAUGCGAAGAAGGCACUGAAGCAUCCGCUGUUGCCGCUGCACACCCAGGGCGAUCAAUUGGCCGCGCAAGCGCUGUGGAUAACCAUUUUGCGUUUCACUGGCGACAUGCAGGAGCCCAAAUAUCAUACCAUGGAUCGCAUGGACACCACGUCAGUCAUGUCCAAGGUGACGGCGACGCUCGGCCGGAACUUUAUCCGCAGCAAGGAAUUCCAGGAAGCUCAACUGAUGGGCCUCGAUCCGGAGGCAUUUCUUAAGCAAAAGCCGCGCUCGAUACGCCACAAGCUCGUCUCGCUGACCUUGAAGCGCAAAAAUAAAUUGGGCGAGGAUGUGCGUCGACGGCUGCAGGAUGAUGAAUACACGGCCGAUAGCUAUCAGUCGUGGCUGCAAUCGCGUCCCACAUCGAAUCUGGAGAAGCUGCACUUCAUCAUCGGCCAUGGCAUAUUGCGUGCUGAGUUGCGCGACGAAAUCUAUUGCCAGAUAUGCAAGCAAUUGACCAACAAUCCAUUGAAGUCGUCGCAUGCACGCGGCUGGAUAUUGUUGUCGUUGUGCGUCGGCUGCUUUGCGCCCUCGGAGAAGUUUGUCAACUACUUGCGGGCGUUCAUUAGGGAGGGGCCGCCCGGCUAUGCGCCGUACUGUGAGGAGCGUCUGAAGCGCACCUUUAACAAUGGCACGCGAAAUCAGCCGCCGUCAUGGCUGGAGCUGCAGGCGACCAAAUCGAAGAAGCCCAUCAUGCUGCCCAUCACGUUUAUGGAUGGCAAUACGAAGACAUUGCUAGCCGAUUCGGCGACGACAGCGCGCGAGCUGUGCAACCAGCUGUCGGAGAAGAUCACGCUCAAGGAUCAAUUCGGCUUCUCGCUCUAUAUUGCGCUGUUCGACAAGGUCAGCUCGUUGGGCAGCGGCGGUGAUCAUGUGAUGGACGCCAUAUCACAGUGCGAGCAAUAUGCCAAGGAACAGGGCGCCCAGGAGCGCAAUGCACCGUGGCGUCUAUUCUUCCGCAAGGAGAUCUUUGCGCCGUGGCACGAGCCAACCACCGAUCAGGUGGCCACAAAUCUCAUUUACCAGCAGGUGGUGCGCGGUGUUAAGUUCGGCGAAUACCGUUGCGACAAGGAGGAGGAUCUGGCUAUGAUAGCUGCCCAGCAGUAUUUCAUCGAAUAUGGCACAGACAUGUCCAUGGAGCGACUCUUCACGCUGCUGCCCAAUUUCAUACCCGACUUUUGUCUCAGCGGCGUGGACAAGGCCAUCGAACGUUGGGCGGCCCUUGUGCUGCAGGCCUAUAAGAAAUCCUACUAUGUGAAGGAUAAGAUAGCGCCGCUCAAGAUUAAGGAAGAUAUUGUUAGCUAUGCUAAAUACAAAUGGCCGUUGCUCUUCUCACGCUUCUAUGAAGCGUAUCGCAAUUCCGGACCAAAUUUACCCAAAAAUGAUGUCAUCAUAGCGGUCAACUGGACGGGCGUCUAUGUCGUCGAUGAUCAGGAGCAGGUGCUGCUCGAGCUAAGCUUCCCGGAGAUCACAGCGGUGGCCAGCCAAAAGACAAACAAGGUGUUCACCCAGACCUUCAGCCUGUCAACAGUGCGCGGCGAGGAGUUCACAUUCCAGAGUCCCAAUGCUGAGGAUAUACGUGACCUUGUAGUCUACUUUUUGGAUGGUCUCAAGAAACGCUCCAAAUAUGUGAUUGCGUUGCAGGAUUAUCGUGCACCCUCGGACAGCACCAGUUUCUUGUCGUUCUUCAAAGGUGAUCUGAUCAUCCUGGAGGAUGAGUCGUGCGGCGAGUCCGUGCUGAACAAUGGCUGGUGCAUCGGCCGCUGUGAUCGCACACAGGAACGCGGCGAUUUUCCAGCCGAAACGGUGUAUGUGCUGCCCACGCUGAGCAAGCCACCGCAGGAUAUAUUGGCCUUGUUCAACAUCGAGGAGGCGCAUCAUGGCCGGCGUCUAAGCAUGGUAUCGAAUGGUGGCGUCGUAGAACCACGCGAUCGUCCGCACACGCUCAUGGAAUAUGCCCUCGAUCAUUUCCGCUUGCCACCCAAGCGAACAAUGUCGAAGACGUUAACGCUCAGCUCGAAGCGCAGCGAGGAACUGUGGCGCUAUGCCAGGGAUCCGAUUAAGGCGCCGCUUUUACGCAAGCUGCAGAGCAAGGAGGAACUUGUGGAGGAGGCAUGCUUCGCCUUUGCUGCCAUACUCAAAUACAUGGGCGAUUUGCCAUCGAAGCGGCCGCGCAUGGGCAACGAAAUCACCGAUCACAUAUUCGACGGUCCGCUCAAGCAUGAGAUAUUGCGCGACGAGAUCUAUUGCCAGCUGAUGAAGCAGCUGACGGACAAUCGUAAUCGCAUGUCCGAGGAGCGUGGCUGGGAGCUGAUGUGGCUCGCAACUGGUCUCUUUGCCUGCUCGCAGGGAUUGCUCAAGGAGCUGCUGCUAUUUUUGCGCACACGCCGUCAUCCCAUCUCACAGGACUCGAUGCAUCGAUUGCAGAAGACCAUACGACACGGACAGCGCAAGUAUCCGCCGCAUCAGGUGGAGGUGGAGGCCAUACAGCAUAAGACAACGCAAAUCUUUCACAAGGUGUAUUUCCCGGAUGACACCGAUGAGGCAUUCGAAGUGGACUCGUCCACGCGCGCCAAGGACUUUUGCAACAAUAUCUCGCAACGCUUAUCGUUGCGCACCAGCGAAGGCUUCUCGCUGUUCGUGAAAAUUGCCGAUAAGGUGAUUUCGGUGCCCGAGGGUGAUUUCUUUUUCGAUUUCGUUCGCCAUCUGACCGACUGGAUAAAGAAGGCGCGACCAAUACGCGAUGGCGCCAAUCCACAGUUCACCUAUCAGGUGUUCUUCAUGAAGAAAUUAUGGACGAACACGGUGCCAGGCAAGGAUCGCAAUGCUGAUCUAAUCUUUCACUAUCACCAGGAGCUGCCGAAACUCUUGCGCGGCUAUCAUAAAUGCUCACGCGAGGAGGCCUCCAAGCUGGCCGCGCUUGUCUUUCGUGUUCGCUUCGGUGAAAACAAGCAGGAGCUGCAGGCCAUACCACAAAUGCUACGUGAAUUGAUACCCUCUGAUAUUAUGAAGAUGCAGAGCACUAGCGAAUGGAAACGUUCCAUUGUUGCCUCGUACAAUCAGGAUGGGGGCAUGAGCUCUGAGGAUGCCAAAGUUGCAUUCCUUAAGAUCGUAUACAGAUGGCCCACCUUCGGCUCCGCAUUCUUUGAGGUAAAGCAAACCACCGAGCCAAACUAUCCCGAAAUGUUGCUCAUUGCCAUUAACAAGCACGGCGUGAGUCUCAUACAUCCAGUAACGAAGGAUAUACUGGUCACACAUCCAUUUACACGCAUCUCGAACUGGUCAUCGGGUAAUACAUAUUUCCAUAUGACAAUUGGGAAUUUGGUUCGUGGCUCCAAACUGCUUUGCGAGACAUCGUUGGGCUAUAAAAUGGACGAUCUUUUAACAUCGUAUAUAUCAUUGAUGCUGACCAAUAUGAACAAAAAUCGAACUAUACGAGCCAACUAGUAAAGACAUAUAUAUAAAGAACA